AUGUCUGAAAAACUUAAAACAAUAAAAAAAUUACCAAGAUUACUAUUAACCAAAUUUCUCACUUUCUCUUUCUUUGUCUCUCUCUCUCUCUCUCUCUCUCUCUCUCUCUCUCUCUCUCUAUCUAUCUAUCUAUCUAUCUAUCUCUCCGCAUAUGAUGUGGGAACAGGUAAGAGUUACGGCAGUUCGUCGGCAGGGGGAUAUAGCUACGGUUCGAGUUCGGGCCUUGGCUCGUCUUCCUACGGUUCGUCUCCCCGGAGCAACUAUGGCAGUGUGGUGAAAGACAAAGUAAAGAAAUUCUCAAACUAUGAGAACAAUUACGGAACAGGUUCCUCCGGUGGGGGACGUGACCGAUACCCGUCCCUAGAUCGCAGCACCAGUUAUUCAGCGAAAAGCGGCACCUCUGACCAUUACGGGAAAUCCGGGUACAUGUCCGACUACGGAGGUAGCACGCGAUCUUCAUACAAUUCAUGGGACCGUACUUCCAAUCGUUCCGGUCGGAGCUACGGAGGUGUCUCCAUGCCUCCGAGCAGAGAGGGUUCACCCUACAGCAGUCGUUCGUCCAAAUACGAGUACAGCAGUAGUGCUUCGCCAUAUUCUUCCCUUUCUUCCUAUAGAAGCGGCUCCGAUGUAUCCCCGAGCGCAAGAAAACUUGAACGACAAGUGUCAGCAUCUUUGGACUAUGGUACUGACUACACACGUCGGAGCCGCUCAAGCCACGCAGACCCAAAACCUUCUUCUAACAGAUCAGUGGACUUCGGAACCGAUUACACACGUAGAUCGUCGUCAGGUCGGUCGUUAGAUACUAGCACCCCAACAUCAACUCGGAACAGUAGACGAGUAGAACCUUCCACUAGUAGCGCAACACGUAGCUACCGAGGCCAGGAGAGUAGCAGUCGCCAAAGAAAAAUCGAAGAAUCUGAUUCUGACGAUAGCUUACCGGAAGCAGAGAAAAAUACACGUGAUUUCAGGUAUCUCAUCUGCAGAGGUACAUCACCCCGUCCAGAAGUGUCACGGGACAGUAACAAAUCUGACUCGAUCGCCAGAACAAAGCGUAUCAAGCUUCCGAAGAAAGAAAGACGAGAAACAUAUCGCCGCUUUCGAAGCAGCGAAGCCCUUACAAAGGACAACUCCACACAAACAGUGACGACUGGUGGUGACCGCGACCAAAACCAGAGGGACAAGAGAUCCCGGCAAGGUCGCGGAGAUAAUAGGGACGGAGGAGGAGGAGGAGGAGGAGGAGGAGGAGGAGGAGGAGAAAGGAUUGAACGGAACGGAGUAGAGGACGGAGGUAAUAACAAAGAGUCGAAAGACGGGUUCCGCACAUUCAGGGAUCGAUUUGAAAAAGCCGGUGGCAAGCCGAUAAAAGGGAUGGGUAGCAGUGGGGGCGGUGGCGAAACAGUUGGUAACGGAUACAACAGGAGAAACAGGGACACUUAUCGUGACUCGGUAGCCGAUGGAACCGUUAGUGAUGCCCCCUCUGAAAGAACAUGGCGUAAGGCGGUCUACGGCGAGUCACCCGCACCAUCCCGUUCGUCGAGACGAAGAGUUCCAGCAGAAGAAUGUGACUCAGACAUGACAAGUGCCUUUGAAGAUGAUGAUAUAAGCUCAAGAUGGAAACCCAGAACAAGCACACCAAACCCCGAGCCCAGACACGAAAAUUACGACUACGAAGAAAGGGGUUCCCGUAAGGAAAAACGCUCUCAAGGGAGCAGUAGAGACAGUCGACACGGCUUUAGUCGCUCUACCUCAAGAGAUAGUAUUCUUGACGACAAGCCAAGACGUCGUCGACAUGGUAGCAAAGAGCGACAGCUUGAUGGUGCCUUAGCCGAAAAUGCAUCGCUGACCCCUGAGAAUCUCUCCCUGAGGGACAGCAUUGAAAAAAAGCAUCCGGGAGUGGGAGCCGAAACUAACAAAGACAGUUACCGGUCCCCGAGACCGGAGAAUCGAGGCGAUUCUCCGGAACGAUCUGGAAUCAAUUGGAAACAGGCAACCCAGAGGCAAGAUUCGCGUUCCGCCCGGGACGAGUCCCCGACUAUGUUUUCGCGAGACUCCUCUCCCAACCGUCGAAAUAAAUAUCGCGCACGCAAACACCCGUCCAAAGGCAAUUCCAAUGAGUUGGAAAGUAGCGAUAUUAGGGACCACUCCUUACCGAACAAAGAUUUCAGAAAAUCGGAAUUAAAUAAAGCUGGUAUUGAAUAUUACCAACGAAACGAGCCGCAGUCUCCAAGAACGCCAGGCUGUAAACUCGGUAAAAGUUCCGGCAGUUCUUCUGACGCCUUCACCAGAGAUGACUCGCCAAAUGCCCAGAACAGACGUGGUGGUCUUGUUUCUAGGCAGACGUCGAACGAUCCAAAUCGAAGAAUCAAGCGAGAAAAUUCCCGGGAAGACCUCUUAGAUGAUCGUUUGGGCAACCAGAGUGGUUCGAGUCCAAGACAGUCGUCGCCUUACAACCGCUUCCGAAGGCAAACAUCGCGUAAAGAUCAAAAUGGAGAUGGUUUGGAAGGAGCCAGUGACAGCGGCGGCUUUUCGCGCGAGGAUUCGCCUAAUCGUUAUGCGAGAGGCGGGAAACCGCCCUUGCCGGGACGUAGUACAAGCAGACAAAGUUCGAUGGAAGACAUGUUGGACGAAAGAAGAGGAACGUCUAGACAAAUCUCCCAAGAGAAAGGGGACAAACGUGUUCCUUCUGGCACAUCAGCUUCUACGGCGACAACUACGAAUACGACAGCCAAAACAGCCAACGAUACGUCACCGACUCCGCAACCGGUAAAAUCCAAGCCUCGAGCCUUCGACAUUUUCAACAAACGUGUUGCCGAAGAUGCCCAAAAACAACAACAACAGCAGCAAGAAUUAUCUAAAAAGGAAGCGACUAAAAAAGAACGAAAGAUCGUCGGGCCAAAAGAGACCAACAACGCCGACCUUUCUGUAGGUAAAAUGAAGUAUGUGCCACCCAAAGCUGAGAUUACCCACACGUCUGAGAUGAUGUGGUCUAAAUUACAGCGACGCAAAGGAGACGUCACUGUGCGAGAUAUUCUAGAUCUAUGCGAGAAGGCUCGGAAACCCAAGAUUAUCCGAGUCCCCGGAUGGGACGGAGAUGACACCAAAUUCCAGGGUUACCAAAAUAUCGACGAAAUGCUAGAUUCAUUUGGUGUUGAAACAUCAAAGUUGGAUGAUUGUGCCUUACAGAUCUUCAGAUACCGUACUGGUGUCAGUGAAUAUGGAAACUAUCUGGAUUUGGAAGCCACCUUAGCUGAACAAGCUGAUGAGCUGGAGGGUUUUGUUGACCAUCGGCAAAAUGCUCUGAUUCUGAGGACCCAAAUUAAUGUCCGUGUUCAUGCUGUGAUAGAAAAACUCCUCAACUCCAGUGGAAGAGAACUUCGACGAGCACUUUUCUCCUUAAAACAGAUUUUCCAGGAUGAUAAAGACUUGGUCCAUGAAUUUGUUGAAAAUGAAGGCCUUGAUUGUCUCAUCAAGGUGGGAGCAGAAUCAGACCAGAAUUACCAGAAUUUCAUUCUGAGAGCUCUUGGUGUUGUCAUGUUGUAUGUGGAUGGUAUGAAUGGAGUAAUCCGACAUAAUUCAACAAUCCACUGGUUGUAUUCAUUGCUUUCAUCAAAACACCGGCUAGUUGUUAAAACAGCUUUGAAAUUACUGUUGGUUUUUGUGGAGUACACUGAAUCAAACACCCAACUCUUGCUCAGAUCUAUCAACAAUGUUGAUAGACGAAAAGGUACCAAACCCUGGUCAAACAUCAUGAAUAUUCUUGAUGAAAAGGGAGGAUCAGAUUCAGAGCUUUUGAAUUAUGCUAUGACUUUGGUUAACAAAGUUCUGUAUGCAAUCCCAGAUCAAGAUACAUUCUAUGAUGUCACAGAUGUACUAGAAGAACUUGGUAUGGAACGGAUCACCAAGAAACACAUGAGGAAGAAAGGAACAGAUGUGGACCUCAUGACGCAAUUCCAGAUCUAUGAUACUUCUUUGCGGCAUGAGGAUGGAAAUGAUGGACUUGAGAUCAGUCAAAUGGAGAAUUUGAGGUUAACUCCACGUGUACCAUGUGAUGAGGAAAGGAAGAGUCGAAGAUAUUCUUCUUCACGGGGCAUCAAAUUUGCUAUACCUGAAUCUGCCUUGAACAAGAUGAAGGGAGCCGAGGAAUACAAACAGAAGAAGAUGAAGGAAAUGCAAAAUAUUCGUAUUGCACCAGAAGAUGCUCCUGAAGAAGAUCUGGCCUCUAUUUACCAUGCCAAAAAGAUGCAAAAAGAAAUGGAACAGCAGAAGAAACGCCAAACCACUGAUCAGAAACCAUCUUCUCUUUAUAUCAGUGCACUGCAAAAGCGACAGGAACGACGGCAACGUCAGCGUUCUUUAAUAAAAGAGCAGGAGGCAAAAGGAGAUGGAGCUUCAGGCCCUGGUGGCUGGCUUAAUACAAUAAUUCGUAGAUUCUCUGCUCCUCCUCCUCCAACUACUACUCCCUCUACACCUACAGACACCACCAUCACCACCACUCCUAUUGAGGAGGAGAAGACCACUGAUUGGUCAAAGCUCCCAAAUAACCUUAGUAAACCAGAAAGUUUGGCUGUUGACAAUCUUGUGGAACAAGACAAGAAAGAGAACUUGUCUCCAAUCCAGAAAUGGCGGGAGGCCAAAAUGGGUACUGGAGUGUAUGAUAGCUUGAUUAACAGGGAGGAAGGAAUUGAUGAUGAGAUCUGGAGGAACAAUCUGAACAUUCAAGGCAAGGGUGAGAUAGAAGCACUGUCUGUUGAAGCAAGUCCAAAUAAACCUCGAAUGCAGCAGCUGAUUCAACAACGCAGAGAGCAAGAACAGGCAGAUCUAAUGGAGGAAAAAGCUAUCAACAGCAUCCGACAACGGUUCAAGCCAAAGCCUGAGGAGACACCAGUUACUCCUGAGCCAAGCACUGCACAAAUUGAUAAGCCAGGAGUUUUCAGCAAGAAAAUGGAGGACACUAGCCAGAAGGCAGUGGUAGUACCAGCUCCAGCUCCAGCUCCAGCUCCAGCCCCUGCACCGGCCCCACCUAAGUUACCAGAGAUCCCAAAGGUUGAGCCAAAAAAGACAGAAGGGGACAUUGAGUGGGAGAAAAUCCACAAGCGCCUCUGCCGGCCACUUCGGAUUAAGAACAUGGACUUCUCAGAUCUGAAACCUGAUGAAGAUAUGGACAUUUUUGCAACUCCACCAGCCCCUGCUGGAGUGCCACCUCCACCGCCACCACCCCCAGGUGGCAUGCCUCCACCACCACCUCCUCCUCCGGGAGGCAUGCCACCACCACCACCACCUCCUGGCAUGCCUCCUCCACCUCCACCUAUGAUGGCAGGUGGUAUGCCUCCACCCCCUCCACCACCCAUGGGAAUCCAUCCAUCUCCACCCCCUACCACCAUUAAGAAAAACAAAAAGACCCUCAAGCUUCAUUGGAAACCAUUACAAAAUCAUAUCCCUCACCCUGUCACAAAAGGUGAAACCAUCUGGAAUAAGCUUGCACCAAUUAAAAUUGACACUCAGAAACUUGAACAUUUGUUUGAAUCCAGAACCAGUGAACUCAAGCAAAAGAAAGCUGACACAUCAACCAAAAAGGAGAUUACGGUCCUUGAUCCAAAGAGAUCUAAUGCCAUUAACAUUGGUCUCAAGGUGCUACCCCCUCCACGAACAAUAAAAGCAGCUAUUCUUAAGAUGGACAGUUCAGUCAUGAACAAGGAGGGAAUAGAGAAAAUUUUGUAUACAAUGAUUCCAGCAGAGGAAGAGAAGACCCAAAUUUUAGAUGCGCAAAUGAUGUAUCCUGACACACCCUUAGGGACUGCUGAGCAGUUCCUGCUUAUUUUGUCAUCAAUUAGUGAGCUGCAGGCACGGCUUCGUUUAUGGUUGUUCAAAUUAGACUAUGAAACAUUAGAACAGGAAAUUGCAGAACCUCUGAUGGAUCUGAAGAAAGGAAUUGAAGAAUUACUGGUCAAUAAAACAUUCAAGUAUAUUUUGUCUGCUGUGCUAGCAAUUGGAAGCUUUUUGAAUGGAACACAGGUCCAAGGUUUUACCUUUGACUAUUUAGCCAAAGUCCCAGAAGUAAAGGACACUGUCCACAAACACUCACUGCUGCAUCAUUUAUGUACAAUCAUCAUUGAACAGUUCUCUGAUGCUACUGACCUCUACUCUGAAAUUGGAGCCAUAAACCGGUGUGCAAAGAUUGACUGGGAAGAACUGGCUGAUAAAUUGGAAAGAAUGGAAUGGGACUGCAAAAAUUCUUGGGAACACCUAAAAGCAGUUGUUAAGCAUGAUGGCAACUCUGUACUUAAGACCAAAAUGUAUGAAUUCCUGAAAGAUGCUGCUGAGAGGAUCAUGAUCCUAAAAAUCAUUCACCGAAGAAUCCUUACCAGAUAUCAAAAGUUAUUACUUUAUAUGGGUCUUCCUGUGAAUAUAGCCAAAGAACAGAAAAUUUCUCAGUUCUGUAAGGUGAUCAGUGAAUUUGCUUUAGAGUAUCGAACAACCCGAGACAAGGUCAUGCAACAACUCCAGAAGAAACAAAACCAGAGAGAGCGCAAGAAGACACGAGGGAAAAUGAUUUUGGGGACUGAGAAAUUUUCCCCCAAAGCCAAAGACAAUACCACUGAUGAUGCUCUGCAAAAAUUAUUGGCAAAUGGUUACACAAGUGCAGAUGAACGAGGUUUGCCUGGUCAGCUGAUGAGAAAAAAAGUUGGACGGGGCUGCAUGACAACAGAUUCUGAAAUGUGUGAUACUGGUGAUGAUGAAAUACUUGAAGCCUGUGUACGAACAGCUGCUGCACCUUUAAAAAGGCCCCCAAAAGACAGAAAACGGUCACGAGCUGGGCCUCGAAAAUCACUGCGUCGAACACUGAAGGGAGGCCUGGACUUGGAAGAGCUUGAAACCAUUGCCGCUUAUCAGGAAGAAUUUCUCUCUCUCCCCACCUCCUCUCUCUCUCUCUCUCUCUCUCUCUCUCUCUCUCUCUCUCUCUGCUCAGUACCAAAAUGA